AUGGAGGGCCAGGGAGCGACCGGCAAACCAAAGCAAGCCCGCAUCGCAAGUUGCUCGAGCAUGAAAAGCCAAGUCGUCGACGAGCCGCGCGCAGGAAACGGCGCGACGGAAGGCGAGGAUGACAAUUGCGAGGGCAACGCGGGAUGCAGAAAGCAUUCGGCAAUUGCGCACGCAGAGCAAGAUAAGCACAGCAAUGGCGCCGGCGCCGGGGAUCAGCACAGCGAUAGCGACGGGGCCGGGGAUAGCGGCGUGGACGAGCCAACGGAGCAGGGACAGCCGGGGCAGGCGCAACUAGUGCAGGCGCAAGCGCAAUUGGCGCAGCCAACGACGGGGGCUCAGGAGCAGGCGGCUUUCGAAGGUGCGGACGGGCAGGAGGAGCAGCAGCAGCCGCAAUUGGAGCAGCAAGAGCAGCAGUCGCUGAAGCGGCCAACCAAGAAGCUUCCUUGCCCGCGAUGCGCGAGUAUGGAUACUAAGUUCUGCUACUACAACAACUACAACGCGUCGCAGCCGCGCCACUUCUGCAAGGGCUGCCAGCGCUACUGGACCGCCGGCGGAACGCUCCGCAACGUCCCCGUCGGCUCCGGCCGCCGGAAGGGCAAGAUUCCUGCGGGCGCCGCCACCGCCACCGCCGUUGCCGGCUCCCCGGGGAAUCAACAGCCGACGGCCGGUCUCCCGCCGGCCGGUGGGGCUGUUUCCGGCCCAUUUGGCUUCUGUCCGUCAAUUGGUCGCAGCUGUAGCCCAGACGGCAGCAGCGUCACUGGAUUAACCGGAUUGACUGGAUUGACCGGCGGAAUGGCGAGUCCGGGGGCAGAAGUGCUGAGUAUGAGCUCCCCCGCCGUUGCUGCCGCAGCCGCUGCCGCCGCAAUGGCCGCCGCGUCUGCCGCCGCAGCCGUCGCGGGGUCUUCUCGGUGGGGCAUGGAUCCCGCUGUUGCUGCGACGGACGCGGGUUCGAAUCCGUUCGCUGCCGCCUUACCACACGGCCAGUUUGUGCCGUCUAAUCUGCCGACGCAUCUGCCGGCGCAUCUGCCGGCGCACUUGCCUCCGCACAUGGCGGUCGACAGCAGCGCCGCUCUCCGCCAAAUGGGUCUUCCCUCCGCCUUUUCCGCCCCCACCAGCGCAACUUUCGCCGCGCCGCCUGCUGCGCCCGGCGCGCAGGCUCCAGGCGGGAUGGCGGGAAACCUGGCGGGUUUGGCGGCGCUUUAUCCGUGGAGAUUCGGUGGAGUUCCCUUCACGGCGGGCCAGGCUCCCGCCGAGGCUCCGCUUUCUCUCCCCGGACUCCCCAACUUGCCAGCGCCUUCCGCGCUCGGCGGUUUGGCGCGUGGAAGCCCGUCCGCCUUCUGCCCCUCGACAACAGCUGCACCAAGUAGCGCUCCUGGCGCGAGCGUGAGCGUGAGCGCAGGCCCUUCCGCGCAUGCUCCGUUCCCCAUCUCCGCGCCCGUGCCUUCCGCCUGGUCCCCGUACAUGGGGCCAUACCCUCCCGCAUUCGCCCCUCUUCAUCCCAUGUCCGCGCAGCAUCCGCCUGGUGCUCCCCCCUUCGCUCCGCCUUUCAACGUGCCUGCCUUUCCACCUGGAGCGCUUGCUCCCUGGUCCUCCGCGGGUUUUGCCCAUCCGCCACUCCCCCACCCCGCGCAGCUUCCGCCGCACCCGUCCAUGGACCUUUCCCGCCCAUCGGAAGUGAAUUUCCCCGCGUCCGCGCAGUCGAGUGUGAAGAGGGGGAGGGAGGUCGAGGGGAAUGCGAGCGGGGCUGAUGGCGCAUCCGGUGCUGCAGGCACAUAG